AUGGCUGGCGCUAUAGGGCGCUACAGCGCGGGAAAGCGCGCGCGCAUAUACAUCGUGAAGCGCGGGAAAGGUACGCGCGCAUGGCGCGCGUUGCGCGGGAAAGCUGCGCCUCAUAUAGAGAUAGCUGCAGGUAGCACACAGAGUGAUGCUACAACGGUUCAUAAGCGGUUGAUCGUAAAACUGCAGAACGAUUUUGGAAAUUCAAAGGCAGGACGCCGCGCAAACGUCGCUGGUAACACGAUUGUUACCAAACUCAUCGGUGGCAUCGUGAAGAAAGAGAGGAAGAAAUCUCGUCCUCUGAAGGCCACUGAGGUCUAUUCUAAGAUGUACUACGCGUCAUGUGUUCAACCCGCAGUCAAGGAGGAACUUGAUGCCAUGAAGGAGGCAUCAGAUGCACCUGAACUGAAGAAACGCACAAUACAGGUUGUUCGAAGGCAGCUGGCAUCCCGGUGGGAGAAUGAAACAUUGGAGGUGAAGGAAGAAGUCGCCAGCUUAGUAAGAGAAAUGAAGGACAAGAGGGAAAAGGACACGAGUGACUGCAAGAUACUGUCGAAGGACUUGGUCAUAUCCCAGCUUACGGAAAUUCUGUCGACAUUUUUCAGUGAGCUCCACGACUCAACAGGAUGGGCAUUUAGUAUUUUGCUAGGUGGCCCUGACCCUGCAAAUGGCGGCAAACUGGACGUCAGCAGCUUGCAUAUUGGGACGACUACACUUGGCAAUCGAUUCAAUCAGGCGUGUCCGAAGUUCGAGGAGAGGGUAAUGGUACCUUACUUUGAAUUUGCAUCUCGCGCAUUUCCGGAGGCUGCAAUAUCGCUAUCACAGUCAAAAGAAGGCGAAAUUGCCAAUGACAACAGCUCCACUCCUUCAGAUGCUACGCCUGCCACCACAUCACCUGCCAACGUCACCCGUGCUUCCUCUCUAUUACAUACACCUGAUACAUCGCUUACAUCACUCGCGAGUCCUUCCUCUCCCUUACACAUACCUGAUACAUCACUCGCGAGUCCUUCCUCUCCCUUACACAUACCUGAUACAUCACUCACGAGUCCUUCCUCUCCCUUACACACACCUGAUACAUCAUUUACGCUUUGGGGACAGGAAUUCACACCCUGUGAUACAUUACUCGCUAAUUUACCACAGGAAGCUGUUCCAGCUUACAACUUCUUCCAGGAUUUGCCUUCCAAUCCUCAAGACGACGAUGAGGAUCGUGACCUGGACCAGACAAUUUUGCCCAUGCCUCCCAACUAUCAACCACCAGCACGACCACCCACAUUUUGGGGACAGACUCCCGGUGAUGUAUCACUCCCUACUCCUCAGGACACCUUCCCAACCUACAACUUCUCCACCUCUCUCACUCAUGCUGCGGCACCCAUUUUGGCUGAUCCGGCCGUGCCUGCCACUAUACUUGCACCUCAUCUUGUGGUACCCAUUUUAGCUGAUCCGGCCGUGCCCGCCACUGCACUUGCACCUGAUUCUACCUCUCCCACUCAUCCUGCAGCAACCAUUUUGACUGAUCCAGCCGUGCCCGCCACUGCACUUGCACUUGAUUCUACCUCUCCCACUCAUCCUGCGGCACCCAUUUUGACUGAUCCGGCCGUGCCCACCAUUGUACUUGCACUGAUGUCUAGUUUGGGAGGGUCCCCUGUGGUUGGUGCAGCACAGCCGUCAAUAGGAACAAAGCCUUCCAAACGUAAGGCCACCAAGACGAACAUAGAAAGUUCCGACUUGGAUAUGGUUCAUGCAAAGCGGCAUCAGAAGAAGGGGGGGGCUGUGGUUGUCUCCAAGAAUUCAGAGCCGAUUGAGGGAGGUCGGGGCAAACGGCAGCAUUUCCAGUCAUCUCGGGCAGCCGCUGCCAAUGCCAUCGGAACAAAUCGGUAA